AUGGGAGUGCUGGUGCACCAUCUAGGCUUCUCAGCGUAUAAGUUAGGCCGGGUGACAGAAUCUGAUGUGCUCGCUAGGGUAGUCGGUGCGUCUCAGAAACAGGCUUUAACGGGGUCCGAGCCUAGGGGUGGUGGCGGCGGAAGCGGAUGGGUGCAAUCGCCCCGGGGGUCGGACUCGGCCGUCCAGUCAUUAGGUAGGUUAUGUUUUCGUUUAACGGAAUCGCGUUUAAGCUGCCUGUCCACUCCUAUUGGCGCCUUAGUUGAAAAGUUGGUCAUGCCUGUUACCCAAAAAAAGGUGAUUAAGGCUAGGAAGAUAAAGGAAGUUAAGACACAAGAUGUGCCUCUACUUCCUGAAAAAGGUGUAAAGGGCAAAGGGAGGUCCAAGAUCGCUGCCCUGCCUGACAUAGCUAAGAAGAGUGCCGCUCCGGAGGUUAAGAAGCCUACCAAGAAAAAUCCUCUUAUUCAAAAGAGGCCAAAGAACUUUGGUAUUGGUCAGGCUAUCCAGCCUAGACGGAAUGUGUAUCGCUUUGUUAAAUGGCCCAAGUACAUUGAGUUGCAAAGGAAAAAGGCCAUUUUGAAGAAGCGUUUAAAGGUUCCUCCACCAAUUAACCAGUUUUCGUACGCCCUUGAUCGAUCAACGUCACUGCAGAUUUUUAAUCUUUGCAAUAAGUACAGGCCGCUAACCAAACAGGCCAAGAAAGCUCAACUUACACAUCGGGCUCAAAAGCGUGCCGGUGGGGCUCCUGAUGCCCCUCAAGAAAGGCGGCCGUGCUUUAGGUCUGGAGUACGUGAAGUUACUGCCUCAGUUAUGGGCAAGAAGGCCCAGCUUGUUCUCAUCGCUCAUGAUGUCGACCCAAUUGAGAUUGUGCUCUUCCUCCCUGCUCUUUGCCGUAAAAUGGGUGUUCCCUAUGCCAUCAUCAAGGGCAAGGCUCGUCUUGGCCGACUUGUGCAUAGGAAGACAUGCACCUGUUUGGCUUUCACUACGGUAAAGGCUGAGGAUAAGCCACGUCUCGCGAAAAUCGUGCAGACUGUAAAGACGAACUUCAAUGAUCGCUACGAUGAGAUCCGUAAACAUUGGGGCGGUGGCAUCAUGGGAUCGAAGUCACUCGCGCGUGUUGCCAAGCUGGAGAGGGCAAAGGCGAAGGAACUGAAGCUGAAGAUGGGCUGA